AUUCUAUGAACGCCAAAACAAAAACAAAGUGCGUAUCACAUGCACGCAAGACGUCCUAUCACGUGCACGCCAAACUCACUUUUUUUGCGUAUAGAUUGCAGGCAAAGUGCAAAAAUCGUGCUACUGAUAUUUCAACCCUUUCGAAGCCCUCACAGCACGGCCACAAAAGCGCGUAUCAUAUGCACGCCGACGUCACUUCACGCGUACGCCACAAAACCUCAGUUCACGAACUUUCCCUUGAGGAACCCAAACGCGGUUUUCUGUACUUCUUUGGCCUUUUUAUCUAUACGCUCGCUUUCUUAGUUGGCAACCUCCACCCGAAAGGGAUGAGUGGCCACAAAAGCAGAUCGAGACAGUGAAUGAGCGAGCCCUCUCCUGGGACUCUGUCUUUUUGCUCAGGGUUGCAGGUUUGCCCCUUCACCACCGCCCAUGCGUCAGAUGAUGCUCGCGCGCUCCGACUAUAAAAGACGCCGGUGCGCCAUCCCGACCGGCACUCUCUUUCUCUUUCUCUGUCUUCCCGCAUCCACACACUUACUUCACUCGCUCGGUCCGUGAUCUCCAGCGCGCCAGCAUGAGCUAUUCCGGCGACAUGUACACGAGCAGCUCCUACAGGAAGAUUUUCGGAGAUGCGCCGCGGCGCGUCCCGACGGCGGGUUACCGCUCCGGAGCGCAGCUUCAGCAGCAACAUCAGCACCGCACCUACGGCUCUCCGUCCCCUGCGAUCGUAUCCUCAAGUUACCGGACCAAGCGCGGCUUCCAGCCCAUGCAGGACUCCGUGGACCUGACCCAGACCACCGCCAUCACCAACGAGCUGAAGAUCAUCCGCACCAACGAGAAGGAGCAGCUGCAGGCCCUGAACGACCGCUUCGUGACGUUCAUCGAGAAGGUGCACAACCUCGAGCAGCACAACAAAGUUCUGGAGGCGGAGGUCGCGCUGCUGCGCCAGCGUCACAGCGAGCCGUCGCGUCUGCACGACCUCUACGAGCAGGAGAUCCGCGAGCUGCGCGCGCGCGUCGAGGAGCUGACGCACGAGAAGAGCCAGAUGCACCUGGACUGCGUGCAGAUGAACGACGCGCUGGAGCGCCUCAAGGACAAGCUGGAGGAGGAGAGCCGGCUGAGGGAGGAGGCCGAGGGCAGUCUGAAGGGGUACCGCAAGGACGUGGACGACGCCACGCUGACGCGCCUGGAGCUGGAGAAGAAAGUGGAGUCUCUGCUGGAUGAGAUCGCCUUCCUCAGGAAGGUGCACGAGGAGGAGCUGCAGGAGCUCCAGGCGUCGCUCCAGGCCACGCAGGUGUCUGUGGAGAUGGACGUGAGCAAGCCGGACCUCGCUGUGGCCCUGAAGGACAUUCGUGUCCAGUACGAGUCUCUCUCCGCCCGGAACCAGCAGCAGGCGGAGGAAUGGUACCGCUCCAAGUUCGUCACGGUGACGGAGGCGGCGGCGCGCAACAACGAUGCCCUGAAGCAGACCAAAGACGAGCUGUGUGAGUACCGCCGACAGCUGCAGGCCCGCACCCUGGAGAUCGAGGCCCUGAAAGCCCACAACGAGGCUUUAGAGAGACAGCUGGCGGAGAUGGAGGACCGCCACAGCAACGAGAUCGGCGAGCUGCAGGACACUAUUCAGCAGCUGGAAUCCGCUCUGAGGAGCACCAAGGGUGAGAUGUCCCGUCAUCUGCGUGAAUACCAGGACCUGCUAAACGUCAAGAUGGCGCUGGACAUCGAGAUCGCCGCCUACAGGAAGCUGCUGGAAGGAGAGGAAUGCCGUCUGAGCUCUGUGGGCGGUGCCUUGCUACACUCCGCCUACUCUUACACGCCGAGCCGCACCUAUGCCCUGAGGAAGGGCGGAGCCAAACCCGAGACAGAGGAAGAGGAAGAGCAGGAAGAGGAAGAAGAGGAGGAGAAGGAAGAGGAAGGAGAAGAGGAGGAGGAGGGAGGAGAGGAGGCCGAGGAAGGAGAAGAACAGGACGAGGGAGGCGACGAGGAGGAAGAGGAGGAGGAAGAAGAAGAAGAACAGGAGGAUGAGAAGGAAAAGGAAAAAGCCGAUGAGAAGAAGGAAAAGGAAGAGAAGAAGAGCCCAAAGGAACAGAAAGAGAAUGAGAAAGAGAAAGAAAAGGAGAAGGAGAAGGAGAAGAAGAGCGAUAGCAAUAAGGCAGACAGCAAGAGCGCUAAGAGUGAGAAGGGGGACAAUAACAAGAGUGAGAAGACCUCGGCGCUCAAGAGCAAGUAAAGCAUCGACAAAAACACAUCCAGCGUCCAUCCAUCCAUCCAUCCUCACCUCACUGACCUCAUCUGGAUCUCUGCUGCUGACCCAAGAGUUCUGCUCAUCAUUUACUUUCUUACAAUAAGAGAGUGUUUCACACAAACCUCCGGAAGGAAAGAGAAAACGCCCCGUCUUACACGGCCUUGAAUCUCAAAGAGGAAAAUCCUCUUUACUCGUGUCGUUCCGAACCCUGUAGCUUUCUAAAACACAAAUUAAAGGGCUCACAUGACGCCGCUAAAAAGAGCGUUCAUUUGCGGCUUAAUUGAUUACUGAUCCUCUCUGCCCCGCUUUUCUGAAACGUGUAGAUUUUUACAAAACUCACUGUUCUGAAAAGCGCGGUGUGCUCUGAUUGGCCGGCUAUUCGGCGCGCUGUGAUGGAAAUGUUACACCCCUUACCAUAUUUGGAAACACACAGCGUCUCCACGGCAACAAUGCCACAGUUAGUAAUAUGCAUUGCUAAGAACUUACUUCAAAGGUUUUCUCAACUCGGAUUCCAAGAUUUUAGUUGCAUCUGAGCCCAAUAUUGUCCGAUCAUAACAAACCAGACAUUAAUAGAAGUGCAGCAUAAAUCAGCAUGCACUUCUAUUUUAAGGGAAAAAAGCAGCUUUUAUCUUAAGCUAGUCUUCGAGAAAAGACGGAAUGACGCUGGGGAGCGUGAAUGAUGACGAAAGGUUAACUUUUCACACGAAGACAGACCGCAAAGUGUUCACGUGCCAUUAUUACCCAGAAUGCAGCACAAAAGCAAGCUGAUGCCAUGCAGUCCAACUACAAAACGGACCAAGUCUGCAGGUUCCAACCUCUCGGUGCUAUUUGAUUUUAAACCUAAGUGAGUUUGGACUUGGAGGAGGCGAUUCAUCCAGAGCUUCACUGAUGUCCUGAAUGUAUGUCACGAGCCAAGCACAGGGACAGGCCGCGUCUCCUAACUCUCCAGCAUCUACGCCCACAUGAACGAAGUCGUCCGAGCUCAUCUCAUUCACAUCGUCGCGCAAGAGCAUGCAACGUUUUCCAACGUCCGUCCAUCCCUCGACUGCACCGGAGUUAAACGAGGUCGUGUCAGAGAGAGAGAGAGAGAGAGCGUGCAUCAGUCGUGUGAGAAAACCCUUCUGCAAUUUAGAUUCUGACGCUUUAGAGACGAUCGCUGCUAAAUAUCCCUCUAUUCCUUCUUGUGUUCAAAAAUGAGCUCCUCUUGAUCGAUUCAUUCUUGACGGAGCUGAUCUGCUUCCGAAGUCAAGCUCUUCUUCUCUUUCUAAUAAACGACACGUGGCUUGCUCAGUUUCCUUAUUAGAUAUUUCCUUUCGAUUACAUCAGAUGUGUCCGGACCGAUGCUGAAAUCAAAAGACGUUUUUUAUUUAUUUUAUUUUUGGGUAGAUCUGUUGCUUGCACACACACCGAGCUACAUGCAUAUAAAAUAAAAAUUACUUUCCGCUUCAAUAAAUGUAGUUAAAAUAAACAGUUUGCAAGCACUUUCCUAAAAGCACGUUCUCUCAUCAUUUUUGUUGCAUUGCAGUAAAGAUGAUGAGAGGAAUUAAUAACAUUCACAGCAUUUGUAUUAAAGUACAAAUAAAGUCUUGGCAGAACAACACAAGCUACCAUGAUUGAAUAAAUGCUUUAAUAUUUAAAUAAAGCACCAUUUUUAUCACUUUAUAAUAGUUGUAUUCGGGAGAGAGGGAGCAAAGAAAAGCAUAACAGUCAAAUAGUAUCUUUAGUAUAUCUUUAUGUUUUAAAAAAUGGUGUGAAAUAUCAGCGUCACGGAUGGAAAAACAACCAGACAUCGUCUGACGCUAAAUAUUUCCUAUUUAUGCAUUUUUCUGAUGUGCAUAAAAAAAGCCCAUAGAAUAAACUAUUUGUUAACUCCAACCUCAUUAUCCCUGAUUUUUUAAUUUUCCAUCAAUCUAUCUAUAAACGUUAAUGUUAAAUAAAACUGACCGGAUGAGACUAGUUUAGCUGAGGAACAAUUCAGAAGUUCUCCGGUGUUUUCUCUUGAAUUAUACCUCGUCAGUGAAAGCAUCUUCACUCAUUCGACCUGUUUAACCCUUAUGUUGUACUGGGUUUUAGGGUUAAAGGAAAUAUCUGGGAAGACGGGACAGUGCAGCAAAUCAUUUCAAAGAGCAGGAAAAGAGGGAAGAGCGAGACUUCCAGCGAAUGAUUCGAGAGCUGAAUACAUCGAGAGGAGGUUCAUGUGCAUGGCCUGAUUCACGUGGAGCUUGACAAUACGAGGGGUGGGAUAGAUUUGCUUGAUGUGUGUAAAACUGUACGUAAAUGCCUUAAUCAUGAAUCUAAACUGCUUAAAAGAGUCCUCACGUUUUCUGCAUCUCCACGCUGUUUCAGAGACGUCCGGAGAGCUGAUUCAGUGAUGUUCCCCUAAAGCCAAAUAAAGCCAUUUAUCAACCAAA